CCUGCGCGGGGCAGAGCGGCGCGCGCCGGAGCCCGGCUCCCCCCUUCUCCCACCCGCCGCCUAACAAGGAGCCGGAGCCUGCGCGGGGCAGCGGGAGCCCGAGCCUGAGGAAGCCAGUUCACGGAGGGACCUCUCCACCCAGCUGGUGAUCUCUGUGCUUUCCUGCCUAACCAUGGCAACCCCAGAUGUGAGCGUUCACAUGGAGGAGGUGGUCGUAGUAACGACACCUGACAAUGUGGUUGAUGGCAGUGGUGUGGAAGAAGUGAAAACUGUGCUAGUGACCACAAACUUGUCUCAACAUGGUGGCGACCUAAAUGAAGACACCCUGGAGACAGAAAAUGCAGCUGCUGCAGCCGCUGCUGCCUUCACAGCUUCCACACAUCUGAAAGAAGCUGUCUUAGUGAAGAUGGCUGAAGAGGAGGACAGCUUGGAGGCUGAGAUUGUUUAUCCCAUCACCUGCGGAGAUAGUAAAGCCAACCUGAUAUGGAGGAAGUUCGUGUGCCCAGGCAUUAAUGUGAAAUGUGUCCAGUAUGAUGAUCACCUAAUUAGUCCCAAAGAGUUUGUCCACUUGGCUGGCAAGUCAACCCUGAAGGACUGGAAGCGAGCAAUCCGGAUGAAUGGGAUCAUGCUCAGGAAGAUCAUGGACUCUGGAGAGCUGGAUUUCUACCAACAUACCAAGGUCUGUUCAAACACCUGCCGAAGCACUAAAAUUGACCUGACCGGAGCCAGAGUGUCUCUGACCAGCCAGACGUCAACAGAGUAUAUUCCUCUCACCCCUGCCUCUGCAGACGUAAAUGGAUCUCCUGCUACAAUCACCAUAGAAACUUGUGAGGAAGCCAGUGAUUGGACCACUAGCAUUGGAGAUGACACGUUUGCAUUCUGGCGAGGUCUGAAGGAUGCCGGGCUGCUGGAAGAAGUGAUUGAAGAGUUUCACCAGGAGCUUGUGGAGACCAUGAAGGGCUUACAGCAGCGGGUCCAGGAUCCUCCCUUACAGCUCAGUGAUGCUGUCUUACUCAACAACAUAGUCCAGAAUUUCGGCAUGCUGGACCUGGUAAAGAAAGUUCUAGCUAGCCACAAGUGCCAGAUGGAUCGCUCAAGAGAACAAUACACACGGGAUUUAGCAGCAUUGGAGCAGCAAUGUGACGAGCACCGCAAGCGAGCAAAGGAGCUGAAGCACAAAUCGCAGCAUCUCAACAACGUGCUGAUGACUCUGACUCCAGUCUCCAUCCCAGCACCUUUAAAACGCCCCAGACUUACCAGGGCCACCUCUGGGCCAGCUGCUAUCACCUCUCAAGUCCUGACCCAAUCAGCACAAAUUGCCUUGGCCCCAGGAGUGCCCGUCUCGCAGCUUGCCAACCUCCCUCUCAGCAAAGUGGUGUCUGCCCUUCCAGCCUCAGUGCUUGGGAAAAGUACUUCUCAGGCUCCCUCAGCCAGCUCCCCAGCCUCUCCGUUAUUGGGAGGAUACACUGUACUGGCUUCCUCAGGCUCUAGUUUCCCCAACACCGUUGAGAUCCAUCCUGAUGCUUCCAACCUGACAGUCCUCAGCACGGCAGCCAUACAAGAUGGCAGCACUGUGGUGAAAGUGGUGAGCCCUUUUCAGCUGCUCACCCUCCCGGGACUAGGCACCACCAUACAGAACGUAACACAAAUGGCUCCCAGCGGGAGCACGAUUGUGACGGUGCCGUCGAGCGCCAUUGAGGAUGCCACGGCGUCGGACGAACACACCACCACCAUCGAGGUGACAACAGUGGCAGAAGAGCCAGAGCAGAAAUGAAAAGGGGACUUGCCUGGAGGGACAUUUUUUUUGUGACGUACUCUGGCUUGAGCUGCCUUUUCUCUGCCUGCGCUGAGGGAAGAGGGAACAGUAUAAAGAGGGCACAGGGAAUUGAGACUCUGAGGUAGAUUGGCUAAAAGGAGUAAUAAUGAGGUUUGAGCCAAAGAAAGGGAAAAAGAGAGACCCCCCCAAAAAAGGGGGGAAAAUGAAUCGCACUGACCCAUUAACCAGUUUACAUAUAAAACUUUCCUCCCGUGUUUUCCUGGAACACAUGUUAUCUUCAUGUCUAGUUCACUAGCUCUGAAUCGUCUCUAGACAUCUCAGCUGGAACAGAGCGUCAAGAGAAGCAGAUGUGGGCAGGGCCUGAGAACAGGGAAUGAGCAGAAAGUAGCGAAAGGUUAAGGAAACAAUAGAUGAUGAGGCAUUUUACCAGAACCUAAGGGGUAAGUGGCCAAGGGGCACUCCUGAGUUCUGGCAUGAUUCAAUGCUGCAUGUAGGCCAACAAUACUAGGGAAUCUGCUGCUUCCCCCUCACAGCAGAGGGCAGUUUGGGAAGCUGGUGUUUUGGAGGGUGGGCCGGUACAGAGUGCAUAACUGGGCAUGAAGAAUGUGCAUGACAGUUGAGAUAAAGCAGCCUUGGACCAGGGAAGGUCCUCUGAUGUGUGGCAGUCACAGGGCUGAUCCAAGUGACCCUUGUUGCUGGUUUCUGCACAUAAUGUUGGGUUUGGGUAGUUAAAUGCAGUAUCUCAAUAUUACCAAAUGUGCAGUCUCCUCAUUGUGAGCGAGAUGCUGGUCUCCCAAGUCUGAUCAUUUAGAGGGGGAGGGGGGACAGUUAUUAAAGCUUUUGAUUCCAUCCAGGGACAGGUGUGAAAAAUCUGUAUCUUCUGAGGAUUUAGGGUCUCCUUCUGUUUUCUCAAAAAUCUGUUCUUUUGGGUUUUUUAAAAAAAGGAAACUCUUGUGGCCCUUCUGGUUGUGAAGAUGAUAUCCAGGGGCACAGUUGUACUGUUGAGUAUGCAGAGAAAACAAUUAAAUAAUAGCACUAAGAGACAUCUGAACUUCUUCCAUCUUAGCAGAUGUUAACUGUGGAAUCUAAUCGUCUCCAUGUCUCUGCUAACCUCUUAUCAGAAGCAUCUAGCCAGUGAGCCUUAUCUAGUGUGGCUGGGUGUUCUUGUCCCCUCCCAAUGCGUCCAAAAGGAUAUUUUGUGGGCUGCAAGGUUUGAAUAUGCAAAUAGAAUAUUCAGAUAUCAAAUACUCUUUUGAUUAUUCAGCUCGCUGAGAGGUUCGCUACUGUCCUUAUUUUUGUAAAAGUAGUGUGUGUGUGUGUGAAAGUGACAUUUCAGCUAGAGACAGUGUUAAAGGGGCUGGAUUCCUGCAGUGUGGGUUUUCUAUCAACUUGAUCUGGCAGCAGCAGCAACAACAGGUCACUUUAAUAAGCUAAUAAAUAUUUUUGAAAGAGUGCUGCUGGCUUAUUGCAUCUCCUUGUCUGUGUCUGAUUGUUACAGCUAAAGCACAAAACUGGCUCCAAGAAUGAACAGAAUCCUCUUCCUCUUCUCCCCAUGCCCUCCACACACGCCUGCAAAGAAAUACUGCCAAUCCUUCCAAAAUUUUGGCAAUACACUGUUUCAGGUUAUAUCUUAGGAAGUUAUUUCCCUGGUGCUGUGAUGGUAGGAGAAAGCCAAGGGUGCUUUCCCUCACAUGAGCAUAGACUGGUGUGUUAGCAAAGUGAAGGGAAUGUCAUUGGAAACCUAGACUGGGGGCUUGGUAGGAAAGAAACGUCCUUUGUUUGCUGCCUUAACCUUUGGAAAUAUUUAAUAGUGGCAAAGCUUUAGAUUUGGGAUUAGCAUCCCCUUACGCUUUCUUUACUACUGUUUUUUCUAGGCCAGCCUGGAAUUCCAUAUGUUGGUGCUAAUAAAACUCUAAGAAUGGGUGAAGGCAUGUUAUUGUUAAUGUCUUUACCUAGCAUUUUUAAAGGUGUUAGGGCUUUUUAAUAAAUGAAGAAAUAGAAUUUGAAUUAUAGGAGGAGAGUCUUCUUUCUCCUCUUCUUUCGAGUGGUGGAGAGGGCAGGAGUCUGCCAGCAAACAGAACAGGGCUUUCCAGAAUUCUAGCCUUGACAUCACCUCAUUUUGUGAAUGAAAAGAAGCUUAGCCCAAGAUUUGUUAUUAAUUACAUAGAGGGAUUUAUUUGUGGUUGAUGCUUUUAACUCCAGGAGGCAGGAAACAUUUAUGACAAAACCAUGCAAACCUAACCGACUGUUUUGGAUGGGAAGCAACAACCCUCAAAAGACCUUUCACUUUUGUUGUCUCUCUUCCCCAGCUUGGCUAGGAAAUGCUGCUGAGUGUGGUCUCAGUAAUGGGUGGAAUUAGGAUGCUCCUAUGAGAAAGCAGUUGUGCCCUUGUAGACAAGAGAGGUGCUUGGUGGAAAUGGGGAAGAAAUUAGGGUUGGUGAUGGGUGGGGUAGGAAGUGGGAGCGUGCCACUUGUUAUGAAGUUGCAAGAUGAAAGACUUGAGCCCUAUGCUGCCUUCCCUCUAGUUACUGAAAGGGCCCUACUCUGUCUGGGGGGUGGAGGCGGCACAGUAGGGACAAGCAACAGAAGUACCUAGCAGGUGACUGUGGUUCAGGAAUCAGCCACAGGGAUACGGUUCAGGAAUCACUAGCUCUUGUUUUACUGAGUUCAGGCCCCAUUGAAGCAACAGCUUGAAGCUCAUAGAUCUACUUGGCAGAAGAUGUAAAGAAAUACUAGCAACCCCAUCCUCCCAUGCCUUGAAAGAGACAGCACAGCUAUUAACUAUGUUGGGGACCUUUCAUGUAUCUUGUGCUCUUUAGCAAAAGGUGUCUUGUCAGCUGAAAUAAUCAUAGGAAGCACAUAUGUCUCUUGUGUGCCUCUCACAUGUGGUAUUUAGCCUGCUGCUUAUGAACCUGGAGUUCUGAUCAAUACUGCCUGUAUCUCCAACAGCAAGCAGCAUGGAGACAACAGGAACACUUUCCACUGCCCAUUAUGUGGAGGGAAGGGAUGGCCUUCCAAUGUGUGGGGAGCUAGUCCCCUAUCCCCAUUGGAGACUGGGGAAUAAAGGCAGUUGCAUGGUUGGAUUCCCCCUGCUCCUAAGCAUUUGGGUACAAGUAGAGGAAGAAAACACACAUACUUUCACCAGGAAGGGAAGGGAGAGAUUAUGUUAAAUAGCAUCACCAAGCCACUAAACAAUCCCAGUGUGACAUCCUGACAUUAUUACGUUGUGAUCUUUAAGCUGUGGGUGCCCAGUCAGUAAAAGAGUUGCUUGACAUGAUGGAUAUUAGGGCUUAAAUCGCUGACUUUUAAAUAUCUCAGGGUGUAUUCUUGUGUGCUACGGUAUUAGGCUGUUAAAUUGUGAUGUCACACACAGAUGCUGAAUCACUAUGCAAAUGUUGCAGCAUGAAGCCAGGAUGUUGCGCAGGAAGUAUUUUGUGGGUCUGCAACCUCUGUGGUUCAACAGUAUGCAUCUAGAGCAUAAAGAAAUACAGGUUGUUGAGCAUUAAAACCAAUUAAACCAAAUUUGCUUCAG